AGUCCGAACUUCUAGGCAAAUGACACUUGCGCUCAAUUGAACCAGAGGCUCCGGGGCUCACCGGCCAACAUCAUGUGUUUGCUGUCCCGUACAACAAACGACGAUAAAAUAUCACCUUUACACAUCUAUUUACGGAGACGUACUGCCAUGAAGGACUUUUGCUUGACGAAAAACCAGAACUGUUCAUAUUCGCGUUUAACAUGAUGCCUUUUCAGGACAGGUGCAGUACACCUCAAUUGAAUGUAUAUCUGUACACCAGGUCUUCCGACACAUUUUUGCUUUAUUAGUUUUCUAUCUUACUCCGGCCUUAUGUUAUAAUAUGAUGGAACUUUUUGGGGGCAUCGGUGUCCGUAUCAGUCCGACUUCCUCGGGGUCCGACACCAUGUCAGAAGGGGAAAGCACCAGCAAAGUGUACCAGUACUCCUCGUACUGUGAGAGCCGACGCUCGACCCGGACUAGAGGAGGAACCGAUUCAGAUGAAACAGAAGAAAACGAAGAAUUAUACAGCAGAGAUGAAGAAGAUGAAGGCGAAAAGUCGGACAACGUCCUGUACCCUCCGGCGGCGCUGUUCAGGAAGACCAGCAACCCGGAGCUGAGCGUGGCCUCCAGCCUCUCCCUCAAGCUGAAGAGGCAGCUCAGCGAUGACGGCCGCUACUUCAGGAGGGGCAGCCUCGGCGGAGCUCUCACAGGGAAGUACCUGCUGCCCUACGCCAACCCCCAGCAGCCCAGCUCCGACCUCUCCAACCUGGUCCGGAUCCGCUCCCAGACCCUGGGCAAGUCAGACCCCUCCCUGACCUCCUCCACACUGAAAGAGCUGAGUCUUCCACGAAGAGGCAGUCUCUGCCGAACCAGCAACAGGAAGAGCCUGAUAGGAAGUGGGCAGUCGUCAGCGUUACCCCGACCACACUCCCCUCUCUCAUCACUCACAGGGUCGAGCCCUCAAGACAGUCCAAGGAACUUCUCUCCCAGUGCCUCUGCUCACUUUUCCUUCGCCCGAAGGUCCGACGGGCGCCGCUGGUCUCUGGCCUCCCUGCCCUCGUCGGGCUAUGGAACCAACACCCCCAGCUCCACGGUCUCGUCGUCCUGUUCAUCACAGGAGAAGCUGCACCAGCUGCCCUUCCAGCCCACCCCCGACGAGCUGCACUUCCUGUCCAAGCACUUCUGCACCGAGAGCAUCGGGGGGGCGGACGAGUGCCGCCGCGUCACGCCCAUGCGGCCGCGCUCCCGCAGCCUCAGCCCUGGAAGGUCCCCGUCCUGCUACGACCAUGAGAUCGUAAUGAUGAAUCAUGUGUACAAGGAACGCUUCCCUAAGGCCACGGCCCAGAUGGAAGAGCGCAUCCUGGAGGUCAUCCGCAGCAGCUCCCCGGAGAGCGUGCUCCCCCUGGCGGACGGGGUGCUGGGGUUCGCCCACCACCAGAUCAUAGAGUUGGCCCGGGACUGCCUGGAGAAGAGCCGGCUGGGGCACAUCACCUCCAGCUACUUCUGCGAGCUCACCGACAAGCUGGAGCGGCUCUUCCAGGAGUCCACGGAGCGCUCUGACAGCGAGGAGGUGAACUUCAUCAAAGAGCUGGUGAAGAAGCUCCUCAUCAUCAUCGCCCGGCCUGCUCGACUCCUGGAAUGCCUGGAGUUCGACCCGGAGGAGUUCUACCACCUACUGGAGGCGGCCGAGGGCCACGCCAAGGAGGGCCAGGGCAUCAAGACCGACAUCCCCCGCUACAUCAUCAGCCAGCUGGGCCUCACGCGAGAUCCCCUGGAAGAGAUCGCUCAGAUGACGGGCUGCGACAGCGGCAUUGCAGACACGCCGGAGUCCGACGAGUCCCAGUCCCAGAGCAUCAGUGCGGCACUGCGGUCGAGGCGUAAGCCCUGCGAGGUGGACUUUGAGAUGAUGAAGCUGAUCAGCAACGGUGCCUAUGGCGCCGUCUACCUGGUCCGCCACAAGGAGACCAAGCAGCGCUUCGCCAUGAAGAAGAUCAACAAGCAGAACCUGAUCCUGAGGAACCAGAUCCAGCAGGCCUUCGUGGAGCGGGACAUCCUCACCUUCGCCGAGAACCCCUUCGUGGUGUCCAUGUUCUGCUCCUUCCAGACCCGCCGCCACCUCUGCAUGGUGAUGGAGUACGUGGAAGGAGGCGACUGCGCCACGCUGCUGAAGAACAUGGGACCCCUGCCGGUGGACAUGGCAAGGAUGUACUUUGCCGAGACGGUGCUCGCCCUGGAGUACCUUCACAACUACGGCAUCGUGCACCGAGACCUCAAACCAGACAAUCUGCUGGUCACCUCCAUGGGCCACAUCAAGCUGACUGACUUUGGGCUGUCCAAGGUGGGCCUGAUGAACAUGACCACUAACCUGUACGAAGGACACAUCGAGAAGGACGCCAGGGAAUUCUCAGACAAGCAGGUGUGUGGGACCCCAGAGUACAUCGCCCCAGAGGUGAUCCUGAGACAGGGCUAUGGGAAGCCGGUGGACUGGUGGGCCAUGGGCAUCAUCCUGUACGAGUUCUUGGUGGGCUGCGUGCCCUUCUUCGGGGACACCCCCGAGGAGCUCUUCGGACAGGUCAUCAGCGAUGAGAUCAACUGGCCCACUGGAGAGGACACCCCCCCAGCCGACUCCCAGGAACUCAUCACGCUGCUGCUUAGACAGAACCCCAUGGAGAGGAUGGGCACAGGUGGUGCCAGUGAGGUGAAGAAUCACCAGUUCUUCCACCACCUGGACUGGAACAGCCUUCUGAGGCAGAAGGCCGAGUUCAUCCCGCAGCUUGAGUCCGAGGACGACACCAGCUACUUCGACACCCGCUCGGAUCGCUACCACCACCUGGAGACGGAGGAGGAGGAUGCCAAUGAGGAAGACUUCAAUGUCGAGCUCCAGCAGUUCUCCUCCUGUUCCCACAGGUUCUCCAAGGUGUACAGCAGCCUGGACCUGUCCCGGGGCCAGCUGGAGGAGAAGGGCGAGGAGGGGGACGAGGAAGAGGAGGAGGAGAAGAAGAGUGACAGCCCGCUGACCCUGGACUCCCUCAGCUGGACCCCAGACUUCACUGAGAUGCCCUCCCUGUCCCACUCCAUGGACCCCGCCGAGGCCCUGGCCCCGGGACCCCAGCGCUGCUCCACCUCGCUGCCCAAGUUCUCCAUCUCGGCGGAGAGUGGGGGGGAGGAGAGCUCGGGGCUGGGGGCGUCCGGCAGCAAGGCCUCCUUCUCCAUCGGGGAGCUGCCCCGGGACGGGCCCGACCCCACCACGCCCGGGAGCAGCCACAGCGGGGCCACGCUCUCUGGGAGUUUCUCGGAGCACUUGGACCCCCGGCCGACCUCAAGAGGGGAGGCGGUGGGACCCAGCGCAGACCUCUGCACCACCUCCCCCUCCACCACCUCCCUCCAGAAGACGCAGGGCGCCAGCCUGCGUCCCGAGGGCCCGGCCGGCUCCGGGGAGAGGUCCCCGCUCCCCAAGAUCACCAAGUCUCUCUCGGCUAGCGGCCUGUCCCUGCUGAUCCCUGGAGACAUCUUCGGGAUGUCUCCGCUGGCCAGCCCCCUGUCCCCCUACUCCCUGUCCUCGGACCCCUCGUCCCGGGACUCCUCCCCCAGCCGGGACUCCUCUCUCCAGGGGGGGCUGGGCGCUCGCCAGCCCGUCGUCAUCCACAGCCGCGGGAAGAAGUUUGGCUUCACGCUGCGGGCCAUCCGGGUGUACGCCUGCGACGGAGACGUCUACACCGUCUACCACAUGGUCUGGAACGUGGAGGACGGUGGGGCUGCUCAGAAGGCCGGCCUGAAGGCUGGAGACCUCAUCACCCAUGUGAACGGAGAGGCCGUCCACGGCCUGGUCCACACAGACGUGGUGGAACUGCUCCUCAAGAGCGGCAGUAAGGUAACCAUCACCACGACACCCUUUGAGAAUACCUCCAUUAAAAUGGGGCCUGCCAGACGCAACAGCUACAAGAGCAAGAUGGUCCGAUGCACCAAGAAACCUAAGAAGGAGAGGACCCAAGAAAGUCGGCGUUCGCUGUUCAGGCGCUUCGCCAUGCAGCCCUCCCCGCUGCUGCACACCAGCCGCAGCUUCUCGUCUCUCAACCACUCUCUAUCCUCCGGUGAGAGUCUCCCGGGGUCUCCCUCGCACAGCCUGUCCCCUCACUCCCCUACUGGGGCCCUCCACCCCAAACCAGAUUUCAACCAAUCAGCUGGUAACUCCUCCCAGAGUAGCUCCCCGAGCUCCAGCGCUCCCAACUCCCCUGCAGGCUCUGGCCACAUCCGGCCCAGCUCCCUUCACGGCCUCGCCCCUAAGAUCACGGGGCAGCGGCUCCGCCAGGGGCGCCGCAAGUCGGCCGGCAGCAUCCCUCUGUCUCCUCUGGCGCGAACGCCGUCGCCCACGCCUCAGCCCACGUCCCCUCAGCGAUCCACCUCUCCCCUCCUGGGGGGGCACCCUGUGGCCAUCUCCAAGUCUAACCAAGCGUACCCCACUAAGAUCCACUCCCCGCCGACUAUCGUGCGCCACAUCGUUCGCCCAAAGAGUGCCGAGCCGCCGCGGUCUCCGCUCCUGAAGCGGGUGCAGUCGGAGGAGAAGCUGUCCCCGUCCUACACGGGGGAUAAGAAACACCUCUGCACCCGUAAGCUCAGCCUGGAGGUGACCCAGGAGGAGGUGCAGGAUGAGGAGUUGAGGUGCGGCGACAGGGAUUACCUUAGCUUGCACAGCGUCGAGGAGACGCCCUGCGAACCCAUGGCCGUCAACCGCGUCCGCCCCGCCGAGCAGGGGUGCCUGAAGAGGGCCGUCGCACGCAAGGUGGGCCGGCAGGAGUCCCUGGAGGAGCUGGACAAAGAUAAGCUCAAGGCCAAGGUGGUGAUGAAGAGACAGGACUGGUCGGAGAGGAGAGAGUCCUUACAAAAGCAGGAUGCCCUGCGAGAGUACGACUCUUCCUCGUCCCCUUGUGGAGAUGACUGCGACAAAGGUCCGAGCAGGUCUCAGAGAGGCGCCGACGGUAGCUUCCUAGAACCAAAAGCCGCCAGCACCACCAAAGACGUCCUGUAUAAGAAGCUCAACACGCCGCGCGUCUGCGAGGGAAAUGCAGAUGCGUCCGGUGGUGUAGGUCUUGAGAACGAUGGGGUCCUCCGUUCACCCCUGUGCUCCAUUCACCCAGACUGGCAGCUCUCGUCUCGACAGGGUAAGGACAUGCUGAAGCCAGACAGGCUGGACUUCAAAGUGCCCAACAUAGAUUUCACCAGGAAGAGGUUGUCUUUUGAGGAGCGUGAGGACUGCGUGUGUCGACUGUCCCCUGGCAUGCACGAGGGCCUACACUUUGCCACGACCCGGUCCAAAAGUCUUCAGCUGGACUCUGCCAUGUGUCAUGACCACCUGAAGGGUGGACUGGGUCACUCCAACCCUGAAGGCCUGGCCCCUAAGCUCUUCUGUGGACGAGGGGAAAGUGCCGUGGAGAAGCUCCAGCUCAUCUCCUCGUCAGAAGGUCCGCUCAGAAAGACUUCCUCAGAAUACAAACUGGAAGGGCGUCUUGUUUCUUCCCUCAAACCCCUGGAGGGCACCCUGGACAUCGGCUUGCUCUCGGGCCCUAGACUCUCAAAAACCGAGACCUGUCUGUCCAAACUGACGGAGAAUGGAAGUCAAUCUUCAAGUCUCACAAUAUCCUCCCAAAGGCCACUAUCCAGCCCCCAGCUGAAACUACUUGCAGAGAAGCCGAAGAGCCCGCUUGCUUGUGCCAGCAGCCCUGGGCCUGUUUUGUCUCUAGAUAGACCUGCUUUCUCUGUGGAGCAGCCGCCAUGUACAACAACAAGUACCACAAUGUCAGAAUGCAGCGGUUGUGGAGAACAACCACAGGAAUUAAGCAGUGAAUCUUUGAAGAGUCCUACAUGCAAAGUGGAGGCCGCACUUGUUGGUUGUAAACAAGAGAGCCGAACAGGCACGAAGCCAAGUUCAUCACUGGCCCAUGAACACAGAAGCUCUCGUCACAGCUCACACUUCUCUGCCUGUGGAAAAUCCCCGUCCAUACGAGAGGUCAGCAACGAAGACCAAGAGGACGAAGUUGAACAGCAGAACCUGACAACAUCGACUGGUACAAAAAACUCCUCCAAGGUAGAUGACGGAGCUCCGACUUUAGCCCAUGCUGUUUUGAAGACACCUCAGCCUCUUAGCCACAAAAAACGACCCACGCCACAGACCUCCACCGUUUCCGUUUGUCAAGGAAGUCUGCAAGAGACCCGUGUGACAGUGCAAUACAUCCUUGAGGAUUCCCAACACCUUUCCCUGCAGCAACUUCUGUUCCAUAGUCCUACUAAAGACAAACAAGAGCAAGAUUCCCUUCAUAAGCUAUCGACCCCUUCCGAAAAAGACGACAAAACCUGUGGCUCAAAGUCCCAGGAGGAGCCCAGCAAUUUGUCAGCAGUGAGCAAAGAGAAUUUACAGCUUCAAAGGCAACCACUAGAAGUGGGUAGGCCUACAACUAGCGCACUUAUAGCCCCAGUGGAAAGGAUUAAAUCUCCCGAAGAGGCACACUCACGUCCUGCGUUAAGUGAGGUGGUUUUUAAAGGUGCAGUCGACUCCUUGGCAUCACUCACUGAACUCACAAAAUCCACGCCGAUCACUGAUCAAAAGAAGGGGGCCUUUGUCCAGCCAAGCACAUCAAGUGCAGUAGGGGUUGGCAAAGGUAAGCAGAACAAAGAUCCUCCAACAACACCAAAGGGUAUGAGGAGUUCUGAUGGGGAGAAGGUAGCUCCUGAGAGGACACCGUCCUCAAAAGCUGCCCUGGUAAAUGCACCUACCAAAGCACCCGAGGAAAGCACCCCUCUGAAAAAACAAAAGGCUGAGGUAGACUGCAAGGAAACAUACAUAUCCACUACAGGGAAACAAAGACAACCAACAGACGUUGCAACAGGAGAUGAAAAGGUUCUGUGCCGGAGAGGUAAGCAAGGAGCUGACCGUCUUCCCCUGGCUCAGACCGUCCAGAAGGUGGAGAGGGAGAAAAAGACAUCGGAGAGGGAUGGUAUCAACACUAGCAGCUCCAAGGGCUGUCUGGAAACCCCACACUCUGUUUCCCCGACUAAUGCGAGCAAUGCUUCUAAGAAGGAAACCUCCCGGCUGUCAACGGGACCUUCCGCGGAUUCGAGAAACAAAGAUGUGGUCCGACAAACCGCCGGUAUGAACGGAAGAACGUCUUCUGUUGUCACAAAAACAAGCACGUAUACGAAAUUACAAGAAAGCCCGCCCAAAAGUGUUCCGAUAACCUCUGGUCAUAAUGUUAAAGAAAACACAGACUCAAAGCAAAAAAGCCCUCCUCCUUCCAAACCUGGAAGCUCCUCCUUCCCCAUGAAGACCCCUGUAGGUCCCAUCACGAAACAAACCACCACGACCAUGAAACAAACCACCACGACCACAACGACGACCACCACCAAACAAGGCCAAGAAGCCAGGCGUAAAGACGCCUCAAUCAGACCUCCAGUUACGGUCUGCAAAGAUAAGGACGCAAGCUUAAAGGACAUCAGGCCUGCUCCUUCUGUGCCACAAAAGAUUCCACAGCAUCUCAAGGAGGAUCUCAUGCCUCAGCCAAGCAUCCCCCCAUCCCCCACUCCUCCACAACCAGCACCAGCACCACUAUCACCUCAAGGGCCUGCGUCAAAGAAAGAGACGCCCAACGGUGGGGCCUGCUCGGGCAGGGUUUGCCGCGAUCCGGAGCCUGAGCAAAAGGCCUCCAAGGAGGGUCCAGGAACGAGUGGGCUCAAAGCGGACGCUCACAAGGAGCGGCAGGGUACAGAUGUCCUGGGGUUCAGGCCCGGUGCAGCGCUGGACUCCAGGGCCACACCCUCUGAUAAACUGACGUCCUCUCAUCACCGCAAGGAGCAGGCGGAGCGGAAGAAGAAGGAGAUGGGUCAGGAGGGUGUGGCUGCGCAGAGGAAAGAGGCGUCCAGUGGGGGGGCGGUUGUCGUGGAAGAGAGUGGUUCGGGGGCUGACAAAGACACUGGUAGGUGCAAGCAGCGAAAAGACUCACCGAGGAAGAAGUGAAUCGUUACUUGGCAGCACAUCAUGCAGAACUUUGGUGAGGAACAAAAAAAAGGUUUCAAAUAUUUUGCCACUACAUUAUCAUGCCUUUUAUUCUUGUUUUGAAGACCGGAGAAGCUGUUGCUGUGUGUGUGAGUGGGUUUGUAUGUGUGUGUGUGUGUGUGUGUGUGUGUGUGUGUGUGUCAGGGUGUGUGUCAUUGUGUGCGCGUGUGUGUGAUUCAACAUGAGCACAACAACUGCAUUGCUCAGAAAGUGUGUACUUGAUACGAAAACCUAUGAAAACACUGAAAAUGUCCAUAAGACUGAAUGUAGGCAAUGGAUUGCUAACACAUUUUUGGAAGAAAUUAGUAAAAAAACAAAUGUGUUCAGCCAAUGUUUUGAGAUGUAUUAUUUUUGAUAGCCGAAUGCAUUGUGCAAUCCGCAAGUCAGGGACGACAGGGGAGUUGGAUGAAGCUCGUACUGUAAGAUCAGUGCCAUAUUUGAUUUUUGAAUUGCAUUCUUAUGUCACAGCUCUGGGCACCUGAAAGGUGAGGGGACACUAAUAAGGCACUACAAUAACCAGUCAGAACCGACUCCACUAUUAUCACUCAAGAAAUUUACUCAGUAUAUCAGUGUUUAUUUUUAGAGUUCCUAGUCGGACAGUUGGCAGUUAGUUUCGAGUCGUUCGUACUCAAAAAAGAAAAUGCACUAUGUCCCGUCCUUCUGCGUGGAACGCUUAAAAAACAGCCCUCUUUUUUGUUUCUAGAAACAGCGGUUUGUGACAAGGGCGUACAGACGUUAAAACGGUGGCGUUCUCAACAGGUUGAGCGCUAGCUACAUUCCACUCACCCACACGUGUAUAUGUAAAGAAAGGGAUUGAUUUUUAUGCAAUAUGUUGUAAAUAUACAGUAAGAACCGGGACGUGGGUGUUUCUAUUAUGAUGUGUAGAUAUUUGCGAUCACAUGUUGGUGUUCUAACUUAAGCUAGCGUAACGUGUAUCCCGUCCGUAAGACAUCCUCACGUAGAACUUGUUUUAAAAAAUUUUACUUGAAAAGUGAGGAAAUGUGGCGCGGUCGGGCAUCUGGGCUUUUCUUAACGUAGCAUAAAUUAGCAAAACUGUGAGGGUCGCGUUAACGAAGAAUGUUUUAUUAAUGAUGCCAUAAUGUUGGUGAACUGACUUACUGUGUUUCUAGGGAGCGGUCUGUGUUUGUGUGUGGCGUAGAAAAACGUCACACGAGGUGUGAAGCAAAGCUGAACAAACACAGAGACACACUGGGCAGAGUAGCUUUGCAAGGAGAACCUGCCAUACUUUGAAGUGUUCAGGGUGGCUCCCUACGACUGGGUGUUUAUGUGCGAGCACGUUUGGGUGUGGUGUGUUGGAAAUCACGGUAAAGUAGACACGGACACAGAGUCCAGUUUGCAAAAGAUUAACGUUUGGAGCUGCGGUUUAAUAAAAAUGGAUUCUGGAUUGGUUUAGUGUUUCUAAUAAAAAGUAUAUCACUGUGCAACAGUUGGCUUACAGCUUCAUCUAGGCAAAUAUUAGAAACGAACAUAGACGGUGUAUAGCAAAAGGCCAUCUUACUUUCAUGAUGCUUAGUACUAUACCGAGGGGGGUGCAGUCACAUCUCCCGCGCUCAGCUCUUUCAACACUCAGUCACAUGCACACAUCCGAUACACGGUAGAUGCCUUUAAAUUACCAACCCUAAAUGUCCCCCAGAAGGUAGCCUAGUUCUCUAUGUUAUGCAGUAUUUGCUCUGUUGUGCUGGCUAUAUAAAAUCAAUAGUUUUGUCUACCUAUAUGUCGGUGAUGAGAAAGAUGACCUUAUCCUUGACGAAUAAAUAUAGAGUUUAUGUAAAGGACUAUAUAACCACUAAUGCAAACUCAAACCACACAAAACGUGUCCUUAGAGAGGAGCGGUUUGUCGGAAUCUGACAUUGACUCGGGUAAGGUAUCGUAGACGUAUACUAAUGUCUUCUGGGAGAACACAUGCACCUUAAUGUUAUUAAUGGUAUUCCCCCGGUAGUCUUAGAGGGGAACGUCAUGAGAGGAGGUUUGAGAAAUCUGAUCACAAUUUCACUCACUUUCGAAACCCUAAUGAAUUCAAAUUUAUUCAAAAGUUAGUUUUUAAUGCAAUCUCCCUUCCCCAGCCAUCACCGUUCUCUCUCUCAAAUUAGACUUUCGAAAUCCUCAAAGCACAUUCAAUGUUUGUUUACAAAAGAGUCAUAUAUGUAUAUUUUGUAUAUUGUUCAUUUGCCAAAUCUAUGUUCCGUGUCACAGAGAAAUGUGCCGUUUCUGAUAGUCUGUAACUUUCUGUUGUGCUAUUUACCAAGACCAUUUAUUCGUGUGGAAGUUUGAUUUCUGUCAGGUUGUUCUUUUGACGCAUUUGUCCUUUUGCUUUGUAUUUGUUUUGUUAUCUUGUUUUCUGUGAUGAUAAAGUAUUAGAUGAAAUUGCUUAAUGUGUUUCUUUUCUUUUAGGAUCUGUGCAAUAAAGUGUUUGAGUUUUGUAUUUUGCCCAAGGAAAGCUCUAUGGAUGUCAUAGAUGUUGUAUAGUAAAAAAACGAUAUUUAUACUUCUAAUGUUGCGUAAUACUGCAAAUAAAUUGCAAUGAUCAAUAAUGAAUACCUUUUAUUUUUUCUCCAUGUCCACUUGUAGAUUCCAAAGCUCAAGUUAGUUCUGUUGUGUUCUUUAUAACAAUCUCCAUAAAGGUGCAUGUAUUGGGCUCACCGUAGCGAUCACUAUCACUUUUCUGAAUAGGUACAAGCUAUAGAUUACUUCUAUGCAUUAGUAUUUGUAUCAGUAAGUGCCUUUUACUCAAACCAUCACUGUGACAUUGGGUGUCCUCGCUCUUUUAAAGAUAAUCAUCCUCUUUUGUUGCAGUUUGAGACAAUACUUUAGCCACACCCUGACAACAAGAAACCAUAACCCAAACAUAUGGGAUACAGAUAUAAACAUGAUCACGCCACACCGCCACAAGUAGGCCUAAGAUAAAAGUUGUUAACAUUGAGUUCAAAACUCUUCAUAAAAAAAAAGUCCCCUAUCCUAGACCUCUAUAAACAACGAGCAACAAUAAAACAUUGGUGUGAAAACAUAGCUUCCUCCCCACACAGUCUUUUGCCACAGCUCUCAACUCUGGGCUCUGUGGAACCGGAGAGAGGAGCUCUCUGUGGCUGAACCUUGGCUGCUUGGACGCGGUACAAGUACAUUCUGUGACUUGGGAACCCGCCAAGUCCCAUUCCAGCCCUCGCAUCUCAUGUUGCAAUGGCAGCUUUCUGCCAGAACGCUCCAAGUCCACAGAGGGCGGCCAUUCAUGCAACCAGGGAAACGCUAAGGGGAAAAAGCCCUCCCUUCUUUACGUGGAAAUGGUCAAAUAAUAUGAUUUCUCGUGGUUUGAGUUCAAAUGCGUUUUAAUGGGCCUCAGCCAGAGCUGGUGAGCUGGGCCAUCGCAACACAAGCUGUGGACCAGCACUGUUUUGCUGGUGGUUGAUUUCAUUGUUGUCAUGUCAAAAGUGGAUUUAGAAUGUCUAUAAAAGGAUAAUAUUUUGUUAAGGUAUAAGACCUAUUGGUGUCUGAAUGUGGUUUCUAUUUUAAGUGUGAAAAAACUGAAAAGUUAAACUUGUAUAUGCUCAUUGCGGGUGACGGCAAUACUUAUUUCGUGAAGUGUUAUCAACGCAAGCCUACUUAUUAAUAACAUUAAAUAAUCCACGGUAAUUGGAACCCAUUAAUCAUGAGAUUACGACAUCAGCAGAAAUAUGCUUUCUUCCCCUUAUGAUUUAUAGAAACCUUACUUCGAAGUGGAUCCAACAUGUAAACACUUCACAUCGAUGUUAUCUUUUCAACAACCCUACACCAGAGUAUAGCCAACGUAUAGUCAGUCGUUUACAUGGGAACACCUGAUGUUUGUGCAUCUAAAGCCCCGAGUUAAGCUACUUUUCAAAACCAUGACCCAUUUACUGGCACAGGCUCGUUUUGGCUCUGAGAUGUGGUCGAGUGAGGCUGAGGUUGGAUUCUAGAACAUUCGGCACGCGGCUCCGCCCCUUUUGAGCUCAUAGCACUCUUUGUCCCCUCUCUCAACCGAAAAGUCAACAAGUCCUAUUUCCUCUUUUCCACAAGCUGAGUAAGGCCAGGCCCCACUACCGUAUCGCUUUACCGGAUCAACAUUUAGGUAUUGUAACGUGAAGGUGACCAGUAUGUGAAAACCGGUCUCACGGUGGGUAAGAACGUGAUGGGAAUGUGCAUCACUCGUCCAGAACAACUUUCAGCACAUUUCACAGAUUCUUCAAGUUCCUCAAAGAUCAAGUUCCGUUUCUUCAGACGCAUCCUGGUUCCCCAGACACAAUUUUCAAAAAUAAUUGUGUCAAAAGUUGCAUAUGGUGCAGAUACCUGCCUGGUAAUGCUUGGGAUUUAGGACUCUAAUGAUUUCCCAACUGUAAGGAAUGUGUUGGAACACUGGCCACCGGUAAUGUUUCAUCUACCUCUCUAACCAAGAGAAAAAGAGGAGUACUGAUCUAGUCCCACUGAGGAGGGGAUCCCCUCUUGUCCUCAGGAGCCGGGGUCACGGCUAAGCGGCCGUGACACAAUGGCUUGUGGUCCGACAGAGGGCCUUAAUGCCCUGUCUGAGAAGGGUUUAGUGCUGGUCCUGCACCCAGACCAGCUACUGUUUCCAGUGAGGCUUAGCGCAGCAUUAAGGUAGGCCCCCGCCGACUAAUGCGAAGUCACUGGAGGACGGCAGCAGGGUGACUGCAGAGUCCCUCAGAGGAGGCCGCAUCUAAGC